UCCUAGCCACCAUAUCAGUGGAAGUAGGUCAGGGCACAGAAUCUGUCAGGAACGCCGUCAACAUGAUCUUCGACGCGUACAAGAUCGACAGGGCGGACGAAGGUGGCAAGCUGCUGAGCCGUUACGGUAGGGACGGCACAAACAUGUCGAGGGUCUACGACAUGGUGGCGGACAUGAUAUACGACUGCCCCGUCUUGAGCUUCGCCCAGUAUCUUGCCUCACGUGGCAACCACGUACGGACGUAUGUCUUUGACCACAAGGCGACCUUCUCCACCUUCAAUACAUGCAUCGGCGCACCGAGGUUUCAGGAACUCGACUUCGUUUUUGGGACCCCGAUACACAACGCCUCCCUGGACGGGACCGCGGCGGAAGUGAUCCUCAGCCGGAAGAUGAUCGAAAUGUGGACGGGCUUUGCCAAGACAGGGAGUCUCCCUAACAUCCGGCAGGAUCCCUGGCCGUAUUUCACUGUUGCCGAGCAGCAGCAUGUCCGAAUAACCACAGGACCGCUCGAGAUAAUUUCGGAUUAUAAGAAGCACACCUGCAAAACCAUGAGCGAUGUCAUGGAAGAGCUGCAUUCCUGGCAAACACUCCAAUGAAUCGGAUCCAAUAAAGGCGCAUCAUAAUGUACGGGCGCACUAGAAAUCUCCCCUUCUCCA